AUGCCUAGCUACAUACAGUUCUGCCAGUCUGGUGAACAUCGUUCAGCGGUAAUCGCUCUCUUUCGAGCACUUCUGAAACAAUGCAGAGCGGCUCCUAUUCCUGAGCUUGAUCGUAUCGCUUUACAACACGUCGUGCGACAUGGUUUCCGAAAGAACAAGAAAGCCAACAGUAAUCAUCAACUGAGAUAUGCUUUCUUGGCUGGUUAUGAGGGCCUCGAUCGCCUCGAUGCGGCCAGUUCAGGCUGCCCUGCUGCCAUUGACAGCACAUUACAACUUAUCGAGAAAAUCCACCCCAAGCUGAAGACUCCCAUGCUCCAGAAACCUAAAAAAGUCAAAGAUUUAGCUAAGUCUGUUCAACCGAGGGCACCCCUUCCCAAAGGCCAACAAGAACACGAUGUGCGCCCACGACCCUUCGAAUCUUUCAACGGCCCGCGCAAUGUUCCCACCCUAGUUGCAGCCGGGUCCGAUAUGCUCACGUUCAUUCAAUUCAAAAAACCGCAGCCACCUAGUCUUUCGCGCGCAAUAAGGUACCAACAAUUGUACAAAUUAGAGAUCAUCAACACGCGGAUUGCGCUACGAGAUUGGCAUAUCCCGCUCGCUGAACAAGAGGACUUAUGGGAGCAUAAUCUACGACAAAUAAGUGGGCUGCGGAGUACAGAUCCUUUCGACAAUAUCCAAUAUAACAAAGUCAUGCGCCAUUAUGAUCACCUACUCGUUCAGGAACUGGCCGCAUUCCAUUCGAGACAUAUGGCGCAUAGGGACAGGUUGAAGGCAAUUAUAGAAGAGGAAUCGAGGUUGGCGAAGGAGGAGCAGGCGGCAUAUCCAGACAUGCCGGUGAGGGUCAGAAAGGAUCGGGCAAAGAGAAGGCUGAUACCAGCAGAAAUACACGACAGCCAGAAGAUGUGGGUUCAGAGGGUGGGGAGAAGCCGAAGGAUCAAGCUAUUCUGA